AACCGAGUGAUGAGGCACAUGUUUAAGGUUAUUCCUAAUUUAAAAUUAUUAAUUUUUAUUUCAUUGGCGAUUUUUAUUUUAACUGUUCAGUGAAUUAUAUGUAAUUAUGCUAUUGAACGAUUUGAUUGAUGAUUGUCUCUGGUUGAUCUUCGACAACUUCUUCGAAUUAGAAGAGCUGAUUCAAUUGUCUAAAGUCUGUUCAAAAUGGUCCAAUUUGAUUGAUCUAAGAUUCAAGAAAGUUAAAUAUCUUCUCAACAGAGUGACAAUUAAACAUUUAGAUCAUUCAAAAGUAUGGAUGGAGGAUCCAGAAACUAUCGAAGUUUAUGAUUUAAGGGAAUUGUUACCAAAUCUCAGGGCCAUUGAUCUCUUUCCUUACGUUGGUGAUAAACCAUGGAUAUCAUCAAAUUAUAGACCAAUGGUUGACAAUAAUCCGAAAAUAAAAGGACUGGUUGAUCUAACUGAUGGUUAUAAUCUCAAUUUGGAAAAUAUCGAGAUGGUCGCAAUGGAUAAUAAAAUGAUGGAGUAUAAAAAACUCUUUUGUCCUGAUCAGUUGAAACAAAUUUACUUUGAUUGCGCUUUUGAUCUAAAUGAUCUGAAUGAACUCGUCGAAUACUUUCCGAAUUUAAAGAGAAUCAACGUUAAGUUCUGUGGGAAACCAGUUCGUUAUGAUGGUCCAAAUUUAUUCAAUCUGAAGAUCUUUGAGUCUACUGUAGAUGGGCAGUUUGGUACCUGUAAUGCAAUUCAUGUGAUGGACUUUUGUCCAUCUUUGGAAAGUGCUUACAUUUGUGACCAAUCAGAUGAUGAAUUUACCAACAUGGCUCGAAAGAACUACAAUUUAAGGGAUUUGGUAAUUGUAAAUACACCAUCGACAGACAACUUAACAUGGCCAUUCUUACGAAAACUGUUGUCCAAGUAUCCAAAUUUACAUAAUCUUGCGAUCGACGGAGGUUAUAAAAUGGAUGAUAGUCGUGUUACAGAAUUGGUAAAAUUAUUACCAAUGAUAAAGCUGAUGGACUUCAGAGGAUCCAAAAAAGUUACUGUUAAAUCAGCUGAUUUUUUAUCUAAAUUCUGUCUUGAGUCUAAUCGAUCCAUAAAAAUCUAUUAUGAUUGUGAAAAGGAACCAAAUGACUGGCCUAAAUACGAUAAUCCUCGAGAAUCAAUUGUCUACGGAUUCGAUUUUAUGAAGCAUUGUUUUUAUAGACCUUUUGAUGAUCUUCCGCGCCUAAUUGAUGAAUGAACUCUAAAGCUUCAAUAAAUCAUGCUACAUCGAUAA